AUGGAGGAGAAGGCGGCUCCGCCGGCCGCACCUGCAGGCCGACACAGACCUGCAGGAAGGCGCACCCGGCAAGGCGGAUCCAGCAGGGCGGAUUCCGCCAGUCGACCCACACUGCUGCCAUCCGGGGCUUCACAGCACGGCGGGGCGUCGUCGUCGCAGGGAGGCACGAAGAGAGCAGCACUUGCGCUGCUGACGGCCAACGCGCUGACAACACCGCAGCCGUCACACCGCACGACAGUGGCCAAGACUCGGAAGGCCCCUAUCAGACGUCCCAUCUCAGACGACUCACAGAUCCAGCCCACCUCGCUCAUGCUCGUGAAACCGGACAAUCCAGGCGUGGCGGGCAGGGCAGGCGCUGCGGACAGGGAAGGCACGCGCGAGCUCUUUGAGCUUGACCACGUGGCGGGGGAGGGCGCAUCGCAGGAGGAGAUGUUUGAGCUGGCAGGGCGGCCCAUGGUGGAAAACUGCCUCGCCGGCUACAACAGCACCCUCUUCGCCUAUGGCCAGACUGGCAGCGGAAAGACUUAUACAAUGUUCGGAGAUGGCGUGGGGAAGGAUGAAGAUGAGUUGGGGCAAGAAUGGGGAAUCAUCCUGCGUGUGUUCCACCUGCUUUUCACCCUGAUGGAACAUGAGAAGAAGCAGAGGCCGAGUGAGCACCCGGAGUUCACAUGCGUGUGCUCGUUUCUGGAGAUUUACAACGAGACCCUCAGGGACCUGCUCGAUCCCAACAGUACCAACUUAAGUGUGAGUGGUGCAGCUUGCAUGUUGGACUCGACAGGGGCCGUGGGACAACGGCGCACUGAGGCGAACUUCAUUAACAAGUCCCACUCCCACCUCGGACGGGUGAUGCUGAAGCUGCAGCAGGCGGCGUCGCACGUGCCGUACCGAGAUUCUAAGCUCACCCACCUCCUCCAGGACUCCCUUGGCGGAAACUCGAGGACUAAUAUGAUUGCGUGCAUCAGCCCGGCUGCAGAGUGGCACCACGAGUCGCUCAGCACGCUCAGGUUCGCAGUAGGGGCGAGGGAGGUGCGCAACAAGGCAGUGGUGAACGAGGCCGCGAUGGGUCAGCAGGGCGCCCUGCAGAAGGAAAACGCGCGGCUCAAGGACAAUAUUCACCGCAUAUGUGAGCUUAUGCAUGAGCUCUGCACCUGCGGAGCCUAUCUGAGCCUGGGAGAGGGGUUAGCGACAAUGGAGGAGGGGGAAGGGAAGGAGGAAGAGGUGGAAGGGGAGGAGGAGGAGGUGGAUGGGGAGGAGGAGGAGGUGGAGGGGGAGGAGGAGCAGCAGGAGGUAAGUGGGUUGAAUGCUGUGACGAGUGAUGUGGUGAGUGUGAUGGAUCAGGUGCAAAAACUUGCAGUAAGCGGAGAGAACUCAGCAAGACUUUGCACCCUCCCUCCCCUCUCUGCCCCCCCCUCCGCUUCCCUCCCUCCCCUCCCUGCCCCCCCUCCGCUUCCCUUCCUCCCCUCUCUGCCCCCCCUCCGCUUCCCUUCCUCCCCUCUCUGCCCCCCCUCCGCUUCCCUUCCUCCCCUCUCUGCCCCCCCUCCGCUUCCCUUCCUCCCCUCUCUGCCCCCCCUCCGCUUCCCUCCCUCCCCUCCCUGCCCCCCCUCCGCUUCCCUUCCUCCCCUCUCUGCCCCCCCUCCGCUUCCCUUCCUCCCCUCUCUGCCCCCCCUCCGCUUCCCUCCCUCCCCUCCCUGCCCCCCCUCCGCUUCCCUCCCUCCCCUCCCUGCCCCCCCUCCGCUUCCCUCCCUCCCCUCCCUGCCCCCCCUCCGCUUCCCUCCCUCCCCUCCCUGCCCCCCCUCCGCUUCCCUCCCUCCCCUCCCUGCCCCCCCUCCGCUUCCCUUCCUCCCCUCUCUGCCCCCCCUCCGCUUCCCUUCCUCCCCUCUCUGCCCCCCCUCCGCUUCCCUUCCUCCCCUCUCUGCCCCCCCUCCGCUUCCCUCCCUCCCCUCCCUGCCCCCCCUCCGCUUCCCUCCCUCCCCUCCCUGCCCCCCCUCCGCUUCCCUCCCUCCCCUCUCUGCCCCCCCUCCGCUUCCCUUCCUCCCCUCUCUGCCCCCCCUCCGCUUCCCUCCCUCCCCUCCCUGCCCCCCCUCCGCUUCCCUUCCUCCCCUCUCUGCCCCCCCUCCGCUUCCCUUCCUCCCCUCUCUGCCCCCCCUCCGCUUCCCUCCCUCCCCUCCCUGCCCCCCCUCCGCUUCCCUCCCUCCCCUCCCUGCCCCCCCUCCGCUUCCCUCCCUCCCCUCCCUGCCCCCCCUCCGCUUCCCUCCCUCCCCUCCCUGCCCCCCCUCCGCUUCCCUCCCUCCCCUCCCUGCCCCCCCUCAACUUCCCUCCCUCCCCUCCCUGCCCCCCCUCCGCUUCCCUCCCUCCCCUCCCUGCCCCCCCUCCGCUUCCCUCCCUCCCCUCCCUGCCCCCCCUCCGCUUCCCUUCCUCCCCUCCCUGCCCCCCCUCCGCUUCCCUCCCUCCCCUCCCUGCCCCCCCUCCGCUUCCCUCCCUCCCCUCCCUGCCCCCCCUCCGCUUCCCUCCCUCCCCUCCCUGCCCCCCCUCCGCUUCCCUCCCUCCCCUCCCUGCCCCCCCUCCGCUUCCCUCCCUCCCCUCCCUGCCCCCCCUCCGCUUCCCUCCCUCCCCUCCCUGCCCCCCCUCCGCUUCCCUUCCUCCCCUCUCUGCCCCCCCUCCGCUUCCCUCCCUCCCCUCCCUGCCCCCCCUCCGCUUCCCUUCCUCCCCUCUCUGCCCCCCCUCCGCUUCCCUUCCUCCCCUCUCUGCCCCCCCUCCGCUUCCCUCCCUCCCCUCCCUGCCCCCCCUCCGCUUCCCUCCAUCCCCUCCCUGCCUUCCCUCCCCUCCAUCCCUCCCCUCCCUGCCCUCCCUCCCUUUUCCGUCUCGCCGCCCCACCAGGAGAGCGGAAUCAACAGGAAUCUUGAGGCGGUGUUUUCCGGCGCCAAGGGGCUUGAAGCUCCCCUUCCCAUGAGGGGCAAGGCUGCGGCAGCAGAGCGAGAGAGAGUGGCAGGGCAGGACGAGGCGGUGAAGAGGGCUAUGGAGGAGAGGGAUGAGGCACUGCAAUUGGCGAAUGAGCGGCUGAGGAAGGUAGAGGAAUUGGAGGAGAUGGUGCGAAAGGCGGAAAAGAGGGCGGAAGGGUAUGAAUUGUUGCAGGAAGAAGCAGCAAGGAAGGUGCAAGAGGCGCAAGAAGAAGCGGCAAGGAAGGUGCAAGAGGCAAAGGAAGAAGCGGCAGCGGCGGGGGAGAGAGCGCGAGAGAGAGAGACGGGACAGGAGGAGGAGGGAAAGAGGGUUAUGGAGCAGAGAGAUGAGGCACGGCGACAAAUGGGUGAGCUGGUAAGAAAGGUAGAGGAAUCGGAGGAGGAGAGAGGGCGUGUGGCGGAGGAGGGAAAGAGGGCGAGGGAGGAGAGAGAUGAGGCACGGCAACAAGUGGGUGAGCUGGUGAGGAAGGUAGAGGAAUCGGAGGAGGAGAAAGGGCUCGUGGCAGAGGAGGGAAAGAGGGCGAGGGAGGAGAGAGACGAGGCACGGCGACAAGUGGAUGAGCUGGUAAGAAAGGUAGAGGAAUCGGAGGAGGAGAGAGGGCGUGUGGCGGAGGAGGGAAAGAGGGCGAGGGAGGAGAGAGACGAGGCACGGCAACAAGUGGGUGAGCUGGUGAGAAAGGUAGAGGAAUCGGAGGAGGAGAGAGGGCGUGUGGCGGAGGAGGGAAAGACGGCGAGGGAGGAGAGAGAUGAGGCACGGCAACAAGUGGGUGAGCUGGUGAGGAAGGUAGAGGAAUCGGAGGAGGAGAAAGGGCUCGUGGCAGAGGAGGGAAAGAGGGCGAGGGAGGAGAGAGAUGAGGCACGGCAACAAGUGGGUGAGCUGGUGAGGAAGGUAGAGGAAUCGGAGGAGGAGAAAGGGCUCGUGGCAGAGGAGGGAAAGAGGGCGAGGGAGGAGAGAGACGAGGCACGGCGACAAGUGGAUGAGCUGGUAAGAAAGGUAGAGGAAUCGGAGGAGGAGAGAGGGCGUGUGGCGGAGGAGGGAAAGAGGGCGAGGGAGGAGAGAGACGAGGCACGGCAACAAGUGGGUGAGCUGGUGAGAAAGGUAGAGGAAUCGGAGGAGGAGAGAGGGCGUGUGGCGGAGGAGGGAAAGAGGGCGAGGGAGGAGAGAGAUGAGGCACGGCAACAAGUGGGUGAGCUGGUGAGGAAGGUAGAGGAAUCGGAGGAGGAGAAAGGGCUCUUGGCAGAGGAGGGAAAGAGGGCGAGGGAGGAGAGAGAUGAGGCACGGCAACAAGUGGGUGAGCUGGUGAGGAAGGUAGAGGAAUCGGAGGAGGAGAAAGGGCUCGUGGCAGAGGAGGGAAAGAGGGCGAGGGAGGAGAGAGACGAGGCACGGCGACAAGUGGAUGAGCUGGUAAGAAAGGUAGAGGAAUCGGAGGAGGAGAGAGGGCGUGUGGCGGAGGAGGGAAAGAGGGCGAGGGAGGAGAGAGACGAGGCACGGCAACAAGUGGGUGAGCUGGUGAGAAAGGUAGAGGAAUCGGAGGAGGAGAGAGGGCGUGUGGCGGAGGAGGGAAAGAGGGCGAGGGAGGAGAGAGAUGAGGCACGGCAACAAGUGGGUGAGCUGGUGAGGAAGGUAGAGGAAUCGGAGGAGGAGAAAGGGCUCGUGGCAGAGGAGGGAAAGAGGGCGAGGGAGGAGAGAGAUGAGGCACGGCAACAAGUGGGUGAGCUGGUGAGGAAGGUAGAGGAAUCGGAGGAGGAGAGAGGGCGUGUGGCGGAGGAGGGAAAGAGGGCGAGGGAGGAGAGAGAUGAGGCACGGCAACAAGUGGGUGAGCUGGUGAGGAAGGUAGAGGAAUCGGAGGAGGAGAAAGGGCUCGUGGCAGAGGAGGGAAAGAGGGCGAGGGAGGAGAGAGACGAGGCACGGCGACAAGUGGAUGAGCUGGUAAGAAAGGUAGAGGAAUCGGAGGAGGAGAGAGGGCGUGUGGCGGAGGAGGGAAAGAGGGCGAGGGAGGAGAGAGAUGAGGCACAGCAACAAGUGGGUGAGCUGGUGAGGAAGGUAGAGGAAUCGGAGGAGGAGAAAGGGCUCGUGGCAGAGGAGGGAAAGAGGGCGAGGGAGGAGAGAGACGAGGCACGGCGACAAGUGGAUGAGCUGGUAAGAAAGGUAGAGGAAUCGGAGGAGGAGAGAGGGCGUGUGGCGGAGGAGGGAAAGAGGGCGAGGGAGGAGAGAGACGAGGCACGGCAACAAGUGGGUGAGCUGGUGAGAAAGGUAGAGGAAUCGGAGGAGGAGAGAGGGCGUGUGGCGGAGGAGGGAAAGAGGGCGAGGGAGGAGAGAGAUGAGGCACGGCAACAAGUGGGUGAGCUGGUGAGGAAGGUAGAGGAAUCGGAGGAGGAGAAAGGGCUCGUGGCAGAGGAGGGAAAGAGGGCGAGGGAGGAGAGAGACGAGGCACGGCGACAAGUGGAUGAGCUGGUAAGAAAGGUAGAGGAAUCGGAGGAGGAGAGAGGGCGUGUGGCGGAGGAGGGAAAGAGGGCGAGGGAGGAGAGAGACGAGGCACGGCAACAAGUGGGUGAGCUGGUGAGAAAGGUAGAGGAAUCGGAGGAGGAGAGAGGGCGUGUGGCGGAGGAGGGAAAGAGGGCGAGGGAGGAGAGAGAUGAGGCACGGCAACAAGUGGGUGAGCUGGUGAGGAAGGUAGAGGAAUCGGAGGAGGAGAAAGGGCUCGUGGCAGAGGAGGGAAAGAGGGCGAGGGAGGAGAGAGAUGAGGCACGGCAACAAGUGGGUGAGCUGGUGAGGAAGGUAGAGGAAUCGGAGGAGGAGAGAGGGCGUGUGGCGGAGGAGGGAAAGAGGGCGAGGGAGGAGAGAGAUGAGGCACGGCAACAAGUGGGUGAGCUGGUGAGGAAGGUAGAGGAAUCGGAGGAGGAGAAAGGGCUCGUGGCAGAGGAGGGAAAGAGGGCGAGGGAGGAGAGAGACGAGGCACGGCGACAAGUGGAUGAGCUGGUAAGAAAGGUAGAGGAAUCGGAGGAGGAGAGAGGGCGUGUGGCGGAGGAGGGAAAGAGGGCGAGGGAGGAGAGAGAUGAGGCACGGCAACAAGUGGGUGAGCUGGUGAGGAAGGUAGAGGAAUCGGAGGAGGAGAAAGGGCUCGUGGCAGAGGAGGGAAAGAGGGCGAGGGAGGAGAGAGAUGAGGCACGGCAACAAGUGGGUGAGCUGGUGAGGAAGGUAGAGGAAUCGGAGGAGGAGAGAGGGCGUGUGGCGGAGGAGGGAAAGAGGGCGAGGGAGGAGAGAGAUGAGGCACGGCAACAAGUGGGUGAGCUGGUGAGGAAGGUAGAGGAAUCGGAGGAGGAGAAAGGGCUCGUGGCAGAGGAGGGAAAGAGGGCGAGGGAGGAGAGAGACGAGGCACGGCGACAAGUGGAUGAGCUGGUAAGAAAGGUAGAGGAAUCGGAGGAGGAGAGAGGGCGUGUGGCGGAGGAGGGAAAGAGGGCGAGGGAGGAGAGAGAUGAGGCACGGCAACAAGUGGGUGAGCUGGUGAGGAAGGUAGAGGAAUCGGAGGAGGAGAAAGGGCUCGUGGCAGAGGAGGGAAAGAGGGCGAGGGAGGAGAGAGACGAGGCACGGCGACAAGUGGAUGAGCUGGUAAGAAAGGUAGAGGAAUCGGAGGAGGAGAGAGGGCGUGUGGCGGAGGAGGGAAAGAGGGCGAGGGAGGAGAGAGACGAGGCACGGCAACAAGUGGGUGACCUGGUGAGAAAGGUAGAGGAAUCGGAGGAGGAGAGAGGGCGUGUGGCGGAGGAGGGAAAGAGGGCGAGGGAGGAGAGAGAUGAGGCACGGCAACAAGUGGGUGAGCUGGUGAGGAAGGUAGAGGAAUCGGAGGAGGAGAAAGGGCUCGUGGCAGAGGAGGGAAAGAGGGCGAGGGAGGAGAGAGACGAGGCACGGCGACAAGUGGAUGAGCUGGUAAGAAAGGUAGAGGAAUCGGAGGAGGAGAGAGGGCGUGUGGCGGAGGAGGGAAAGAGGGCGAGGGAGGAGAGAGAUGAGGCACGGCAACAAGUGGGUGAGCUGGUGAGGAAGGUAGAGGAAUCGGAGGAGGAGAAAGGGCUCGUGGCAGAGGAGGGAAAGAGGGCGAGGGAGGAGAGAGAUGAGGCACGGCAACAAGUGGGUGAGCUGGUGAGGAAGGUAGAGGAAUCGGAGGAGGAGAGAGGGCGUGUGGCGGAGGAGGGAAAGAGGGCGAGGGAGGAGAGAGAUGAGGCACGGCAACAAGUGGGUGAGCUGGUGAGGAAGGUAGAGGAAUCGGAGGAGGAGAAAGGGCUCGUGGCAGAGGAGGGAAAGAGGGCGAGGGAGGAGAGAGACGAGGCACGGCGACAAGUGGAUGAGCUGGUAAGAAAGGUAGAGGAAUCGGAGGAGGAGAGAGGGCGUGUGGCGGAGGAGGGAAAGAGGGCGAGGGAGGAGAGAGACGAGGCACGGCAACAAGUGGGUGAGCUGGUGAGAAAGGUAGAGGAAUCGGAGGAGGAGAGAGGGCGUGUGGCGGAGGAGGGAAAGAGGGCGAGGGAGGAGAGAGAUGAGGCACGGCAACAAGUGGGUGAGCUGGUGAGGAAGGUAGAGGAAUCGGAGGAGGAGAAAGGGCUCGUGGCAGAGGAGGGAAAGAGGGCGAGGGCGGAGAGAGACGAGGCACGGCGACAAGUGGAUGAGCUGGUAAGAAAGGUAGAGGAAUCGGAGGAGGAGAGAGGGCGUGUGGCGGAGGAGGGAAAGAGGGCGAGGGAGGAGAGAGACGAGGCACGGCAACAAGUGGGUGAGCUGGUGAGAAAGGUAGAGGAAUCGGAGGAGGAGAGAGGGCGUGUGGCGGAGGAGGGAAAGAGGGCGAGGGAGGAGAGAGAUGAGGCACGGCAACAAGUGGGUGAGCUGGUGAGGAAGGUAGAGGAAUCGGAGGAGGAGAAAGGGCUCGUGGCAGAGGAGGGAAAGAGGGCGAGGGAGGAGAGAGAUGAGGCACGGCAACAAGUGGGUGAGCUGGUGAGGAAGGUAGAGGAAUCGGAGGAGGAGAGAGGGCGUGUGGCGGAGGAGGGAAAGAGGGCGAGGGAGGAGAGAGAUGAGGCACGGCAACAAGUGGGUGAGCUGGUGAGGAAGGUAGAGGAAUCGGAGGAGGAGAAAGGGCUCGUGGCAGAGGAGGGAAAGAGGGCGAGGGAGGAGAGAGACGAGGCACGGCGACAAGUGGAUGAGCUGGUAGAGGAAUCGGAGGAGGAGAGAGGGCGUGUGGCGGAGGAGGGAAAGAGGGCGAGGGAGGAGAGAGAUGAGGCACGGCAACAAGUGGGUGAGCUGGUGAGGAAGGUAGAGGAAUCGGAGGAGGAGAAAGGGCUCGUGGCAGAGGAGGGAAAGAGGGCGAGGGAGGAGAGAGACGAGGCACGGCGACAAGUGGAUGAGCUGGUAAGAAAGGUAGAGGAAUCGGAGGAGGAGAGAGGGCGUGUGGCGGAGGAGGGAAAGAGGGCGAGGGAGGAGAGAGACGAGGCACGGCAACAAGUGGGUGAGCUGGUGAGAAAGGUAGAGGAAUCGGAGGAGGAGAGAGGGCGUGUGGCGGAGGAGGGAAAGAGGGCGAGGGAGGAGAGAGAUGAGGCACGGCAACAAGUGGGUGAGCUGGUGAGGAAGGUAGAGGAAUCGGAGGAGGAGAAAGGGCUCGUGGCAGAGGAGGGAAAGAGGGCGAGGGAGGAGAGAGAUGAGGCACGGCAACAAGUGGGUGAGCUGGUGAGGAAGGUAGAGGAAUCGGAGGAGGAGAAAGGGCUCGUGGCAGAGGAGGGAAAGAGGGCGAGGGAGGAGAGAGAUGAGGCACGGCAACAAGUGGGUGAGCUGGUGAGGAAGGUAGAGGAAUCGGAGGAGGAGAAAGGGCUCGUGGCAGAGGAGGGAAAGAGGGCGAGGGAGGAGAGAGAUGAGGCACGGCAACAAGUGGGUGAGCUGGUGAGGAAGGUAGAGAAAUCGGAGGAGGAGAAAGGGCGCGUGGCAGAGGAGGGAAAGAGGGCGAGGGAGGAGAGAGACGAGGCACGGCGACAAGUGGAUGAGCUGGUGAGGAAGGUAGAGAAAUCGGAGGAGGAGAGAGGGCGCGUGGCAGAGGAGGGAGCAGAAGCAGCAUUGGAGGAAGGGGAGGUGCUGGAGUGGGAGGAGGGGGGGGUGUUGGAGGAAGGGCAGGUGCUGGAGGGGGAGGAUGGGGGGGUGUUGGAGGAAGGGGAGAAGGAGGAGAAGGAGGAGGAGCCAUCGGGCGACAAGCUUGCUUGCGCGCUGCAGCGCAGCUGGAGAGGCCUGAUGGAGGCCGACAAGGUUGCUUGCGCGCUCGAGGCUGUGGGACGAGGAGCCGCAGCGUUCCUCAGCGGCACAGAAGACAAGCCCGUCAACGAGGAGUCAUUGGGGCGGGCAGGAGACGAGGAGCCAGUUGCAUGGCACGCCACGGCGGCACGGCGGCCCAACCCCAGGCCGAGAAGGCGACAGGAGUUGCGAGAGAUUGCGAGGCAGCUUAGGAAGUUGAAGUCAGAGCCGGAUAAAGUGAGCCGUCAUGCACCCAAAACUGCACAGCAGCAGCAGCAGCACUACCAGCAGCAGCAGUGGCAGUGGCCAGCAGCAGCAGCAGCAGCAGCAGCAGCAGUGCCAGCAACAGCAGCAGCACUGCCAGCAGCAGCAGCAGCACUGCCAGCAGCAGCAGCGGCGAGCACAGCGAGCAACAGCGAGCACAGCGAGCACCAGCAGCAGCACAGCGAGCACCAGCAGCAGCAGCAGCACCACCAGCAGCUGCAGCAGGAGCGGCAGGAGCGACUGCAGCAGCAACUGGAGCAGCUGCCGCCGUACCAGCUGCUCCCCAAACUGCGCCAGCUGCAGAAGGAGCAGAGUCCACAGCAGAAUGUGGUCAACCUUCCGGGUAUCUUGAAGAGUAAGAAGCGGUGGCGGGUCCGGGUGUGUGUCCAAGGGACCGAAAGGGAGGAGAGCAGUUGGAUGGAGGAGCUAGAGGCUGCGUGCUGGUCUGCCUUAACUCGCAUGCUGUUCACCGUUGAGUCCACGGAGAAUGACACGGCUGAAAUGUUACGCUAUGUUAGCUGGAUCCUCACCCCCGACGAGAUCGACGCUCUACGCGCGGAGCGGAACAGCUUGACGUUCCUCGCUUUCUAUGACCGCAUCAUUCACACAAGAGAUGUGAAGGUAGGUAAGGUAGGGCGGAUUGGAGAGGGACAAUGGGAGAGCGGGGCUGGGAGAGGGAGGCUGGGGGAGGAGGGGUCGGAGCAGGCCUCAAGAUAG